AUGUUUGGUGUGCUUGUUCCGAGAACACGGAUUUCCGCCGACGUGCUGGACUCCGUGGAACAGCUGCGCCAAUGCGAUACGCUGGACAUUGCGUAUUUCGACGAGGACAUCCAGGUCGUGGUGUAUACUCCGUCGUCCGUGGCACAGGUCGAGGUUGACUUGGUAUACAAUUUGCAGAACACGGCGAGAAUAGUGCUCGAUUCCAAAGUCGUCAUAGGGUCUGAGGCUGUGUGGUUGCUGGAUACGAUCGUGGUACCGGACAAGCUUUCCAAUCAAUUGCAGAUCAAAGCCUCUUUUCGACAACAGUCAAAGAAAAUAGAAAAUCUAGAAUCGCACGAUACAGUCACUAUAGGCAGCACGGUGCUGACGAAACAUGUGGAUCUUUACGAACUUGUAAAAGCAGAAACGUCGCUGCGGAUUAGCCCCGUAUUCCAGAUGCGGUUCAAGACCAUCAAGACGGAGAAAACCAUGGCCUCUUUGGAAGUGGCUCUUUCUGGACAGUUGCGGGCCUCCGCAGUGACGGUGAGAAUUGAGUCGGUAGAUAUGGACAUCAGAAACUGUCUUUGUGCUGGCUACUCGGUGAUAAAGUAUCCGUUGGUGUUACAGAACCAUUCGAUUCUCUCGCUCACAUACAGACUGACAAAUAACGACAUUAAAUGGGUUAAGCCGGUUUCUGUCACCAUCCAUUGCACGGUCAAUGGCAACAGGAAAAUUGUGACUCGAUGGACUACGAACGUCGACUUCAUGGCGGCCCCCAGCGUGCCCCCAAUGGCGUCGCCUAAUCUAGGGCUCGUCGGUGACGCUCAACCACUCCAAGAAAAACCUCAGCAUUUCAGUUUCUGGCCAGACGAAAGUCAAGCUCGGCGAGGUGUUCAAAUGGAAGCUCCAGUUUAUCAACAAGUCGAACGACUCGCUCUCGCUCAUUUUGUACAUUCAAUCAUCCAUCAACAAACAGUACGAAAAGUCAGUGCCGCCGAUGCCGAUCCAGAACGCCAACAAGUCCGAUCCCGUCCCGCUGUACGGGCUCAACCAGCUGGUGCGAGCUUUCCAGCACGAGUUCAGCAAGGUGGGGCUGAUUUCUCUCACCAACAACCUGAAAUUCACUCUGGACCCAGGAAAUCUGUUCGAGACCGAGCUAGAGCUUAUAAGCAUCGAAAAGGGGCUGGUCAACCUCCACGAUGUCAAAGUGUUGGAGAUCAAAAGCGGGGAGAUCUUUGA